UAGUUUGUGUUUUGUUUUUAUUUUAUCAUUUUAGAAAAUAAUAUUUUCUUAACUUAUAUUGACGUGCUAGGUUAUUGAUUUAAGCAAGAAUCAUCCUGGAAUUAUGACACUGAAGAGUAUUGACUUGGCUCCAGCAAGUUGGAUGGCUGUUGCUUGGCGUCCAAUUUACUACACGCCGAUGAAGGAAAUUAAAAAAAAUGUGUCAACACAUUUCCUCACCUAUCAUACAAUAUCAUCAAUAUAUCAAGAAAACUUAAACAAUGAAGCAGGAGAAGAUAUCCCGAGGAAAGAUGAUAGAAUUUCUCUUUUACCUUUCGGGCUAGCAUCUUACAAGAUGCAAAGUGAUAUAUGGAUAAACAAGGCUGAAGCCCAUAGAAAGUUUGAUAAUCUUCAAGGUGCUGUUGAUUCUUGGCUAAAGCAGCUUAAUUUCAAUCAUUAUGAUUUUAAUAUUUUCAGCUCAAAGUUCAAUAUGGAUCAUAUUUACUUAUUUUGAAGUAAUUUCAAGAAUGGUCUCAUGUUAUGUUACUAAUUUAAUUUCUUAUUACUUGAGAACCAGUUAUGUGCUAUAUUUGGAUUUUGGUUAAAUGGGAAGCUAUUUUGUAUCCUUUA